AUAACUACUAUCAUCCAAUGGCAAUAGGUCAGAGUCAGUCUACUCAAUUCUUGCCAGCAUAGGUACUAAUAUUAAUAAGUACUUUCAAGUUUGUAAGAUUAUUUGUUCGAAUAGUAUUCGGUUCCAGAGGAAGCAUUUGAUAUCUAUUUUAGAGAGAAAUUCAAAAGCAGAAAGAAUGUUGUCCAAGAAAUACUUACAGAUUCUAUGCGUCAUAUGUGUGACUGGCAUAAUCUGUGCUCAAACAACGGAUCCUUCAGCUACCGUGAGUUCUUCUUCCUCAGAUGUUAGCUCUGAUGAUCCCGCUGCCACCACUUUAGAUUCUUCAGCUACCGUGAGUUCUUCUUCCUCACAUGUUACAUCAGAUGCUCCCGUUGUCACAAAUUCAGAUUCUUCAACUACCAAGAGUUUUUCUUCUCCAGAUGUUACAUCAGAUGCUCCCGUUGUCACAAAUUCAGAUUCUUCAACUACCAAGAGUUCUUCUUCCUCAGAUGUUACAUCAGAUGCUCCCGUUGUCACAAAUUCAGAUUCUUCAACUACCAAGAGUUCUUCUUCCUCAGGUGUUACCUCUCAUGCUCCCGCUGUCACUACUUCAGAUGUCACAUCUGAUGCUCCCGCUGUCACAACAUCGGAUGCAACAUCUGAUGCUCCCGUUACCACAUCAGAUGUCACAUCUGAUGCUCCCGCUGUCACAACAUCGGAAUCUACAACUGCUCACCAAUAUCCAGAUGUUACAACGGGUAGCCAAGGUGUCCCAACUACAGAAUCUACAACUGCUCACCAAUAUCCAGAUGUUACAACGGGUAGCCAAGGUGUCCCAACUACAGGUAAAUGGUGCCACUCCUAA